AGGCGCCUCCAAGCCGGCUGGGUCUGCGCUAAAGCUGCGAGGCGAAGGAGGAGCCUCCCCGUUCCGCAGGGGGCGCUCGACCGGCUCGCAGCCUGAUUCCGACGCCGGCAAGCGCCGACCCUCGCCCCCCGCCUGAGGGAGCUCGGAAGGCCGUCAGCCGAGUGGCUGCUUCGGGGCGCCCUUGGGCGGCACAGUUUUAUGUCAAGAUGCCAUCAGCCAGUGAUUUGAAAGAGGACAGCUCUUGGAAUGCUUCGCUGCUGCCAGACUUACCCAGAGGGCCACUCUGUACUUAUCGGAAGAAAGCAUCCUUCAAUUGGAAGGAGAUGGCAGUGUUCAUAGAGGAUGAAGAUCUCAUUCAGUUCAAGAGCCGAAUAUUCACCGCUUUUGAACAUGAUCCACUCUUUGCUCGUCUCCCUGGAGAAGAAUUAUCCCUUGAGAAUUAUCGAGAGCUGACCUUCCUCCGAUGUAAGAGACUUUUUGAAUAUGAUUUUCUAAGGCUGGAAGAUAUCUUGGAGAAACCAUUAAAAGUCAUGGUGCUGAUUACCUGCCUGGGGAUGUAUGAUUGGUCUCUUGGAGCCAAAUAUUUGCUGAACUCCCAGGUGUUCAAAAGUGCAAUUGAGAGUUCGGGCUCGGAAAGACAUGAAGACUUCCUUAAACAAAAUGAAAACAUGGAGAAUUUUGGGUGUUUUGCUCUGACUGAACUCAGCCAUGGCAGCAAUACCAAGAAUAUGCGUACUACAGCUAGAUACGACCCCUCUACACAGGAAUUUGUCAUUCACACACCUGAUUUUGAAGCUGCCAAGUUCUGGAUUGGCAAUUUGGGAAAGAAUGCCACGCAUGCAGUCGUUUAUGCCCAGUUACAUACCCCAGAUGGCCAGUGCCAUGGACUGCAUUCUUUUGUUGUCCAGGUUCGAGAUCCAAAAACCCUGCUUCCCAUGCCUGGGGUACUGGUGGGUGAUAUAGGUAGGAAACUUGGACAGAACGGUCUAGAUAAUGGGUUCGCCAUGUUCCACAAUGUUAGGAUACCCAAAGAAAACUUGCUGAACCGAACUGGAGAUAUCACAGCCGAGGGCACAUACACGAGUGCAUUUAAGGAUCUCAAGCAGCGUUUGGGAGCUUCUCUUGGAGCUUUGUCCAGCGGAAGAGUUAUGAUUAUAGCCAUGUCUGUGGUUAAUUUAAAGCUUGCCGUAUCAAUAGCAAUUCGUUUCUCAGCUACUCGGCAUCAGUUUGGACCAACAGAUGAGAAAGAGAUCCCCGUUCUUGAAUAUCAAAUGCAGCAAUGGCGGUUGAUUCCUUAUUUAGCGGCUGUCUACGCCUUAGACCAUUUCUCCAAAUCGUUGUUUAUGAAUUUCAUUGAAUUCCACAUUGGCCUUCUAAUGAAGGACAAGAGUCCACGGCAGGCUGAACUUGGGCGUGAAAUACAUGCCUUAUCUACUUCAGGCAAGCCGCUGUCCUCCUGGCUUGCACAACAAGGAGCCCAAGAAUGCCGAGAAGCCUGUGGGGGCCAUGGCUAUCUGGCCAUGAAUCGUCUGGGUGACAUCCGUAAUGACAAUGAUCCAAACUGCACAUAUGAAGGAGACAACAAUGUUUUGCUGCAGCAAACUAGCAACUACUUGCUCAGCUGGAUGAAUGCCAGGCAUCAAGACAGAGGUCCCGUGACAUCUCCACUGGGUUCAUUAGAUUAUUUGGAAGGCUAUGACCACAUUCUUCGCCAGAAAUUCUCAGUCUCAAACGUUCAUGACUGCAUGGAUUCUUCAGUAUCUCUAACAGCAUACAAGUGGCUGGUUUGUUACUUGCUCCGAGAGAGUUUCCAAAAGCUGAGAGACCAGGAACAAUCCGGUUGUACUGAGUUUGAGGCCAGGAACAACAGCCAGGUAUACUACUGUCGUUCUUUAGCGAUAGCUUUCAUCGAACACACUGUUUUGCAAAGAUACCAUGAUUACGUCCACAGUGCUGACACACCCGCUACUCUUCAGCCAGUACUAAAGCGCCUCUGUUCACUAUACGGACUGUGGUCUUUAAACAAGCACAUGGCUGUGCUCUACCAAGGUGGCUUCGUUUCAGGCGAAAAGGCGGGCAGACUUGUGCAAGAUGCAAUUCUAGAGCUUUGUUCAAAGCUGAAGGAUGAGGCUGUUGCCUUGGUGGAUGUUAUCGCUCCUCCUGACUUCAUUCUCAACUCCCCCAUUGGCAGAGCAGAUGGAGAGCUGUAUAAGAACCUGUGGAGCACCGUCCUCCAGGGCAGCAAAGUGCUGGAGAGACCUUCUUGGUGGACAGAGUUUUGUGCCAAUAAACCUGUUGUAGGUAGACUGAGGUCCAGAAUGUAAGCGGAACGGCAUACAGGAGUGGCCAAGGUAGGAUUGGGAUGACGAAAGAAAUCAUGUUUUAAAUGUUGAAAAUGAAGGUAAUUUUGCUAAAGGAAGUACUGCGUGGCACAGUGCUGAAAUGGCAGCCACGCCCAUGCCCAAAGCUGUUGGCAUCAUCACACCAAGACCCACGCAGCUCAGUUCCUGUCCAGUUCUCACUGGCGUGGUUUACUCAAGAACAAGAUGCUCUUCAAGCUUGGAUCUUACUUCCCUGUCUGUUUAAGAGAGCUAACACGGCAAUUCCAACAGCAUUUUGAACAAUAACCCAGAAGUAAUUUCAUGCUGGAAAAUAACUGUAGCAAUUAGAAGGAAAAUUAUGUCCGCAUAAAGCUAUCCAGGUUCUUUGUUGCUAUUAAUUUAAAUAGUUCUGUUAAAUUCACUGAAGAGCCCUGUUAUGGUUACUGACCAGAAGUAUUUAUGUCAUCUCAGAAUUUGGCACACUGAGUUCAUAUAAGAUGAGAUUUUGAUUGUCAUGUUUAUGCCUCUCUGAGGCAACUAAUUCUGUAGUUUUUUGUUUAAUGUAUAUUUAAUUGAUGGCAGUGAAAAUGUUAAAUUCUACAUAAUCCCUCCAGUAUUCUGCAUUGUAUCUGCAUUUUUAGUUUAAGUGAAAACAGAUGUCUUAACCAGAUGCCUCAAGCAGCUGUUUUCAGAAUACCCACAUUUCAUUUCUGUUAAAUGUAAAUGUUAUGAUAUGAUAUGUUAUAAAGUUCUUCCACCUGCUAAAUACAUUUGGCCCUCAGAGUGAAUAUAUUUUAUCAUUAGAAAUGAUCCAAUAAAUACUGACAACAGUAAAUAAAAAAAUAUUAGAAAUAGUACGUUUUUGGUGUCCUGUACAGUCCAGGAAGGGUACAUUCCAUGGGUUGGCUUGACCAUUCGGCUUCCAUUGUGUUGGCCUAUGUCUUUGCCACUUUGGUCUGUAACCAGCCCACCUAUCCUACGAGACUCAAGAAGCCCUGCAAGCCCGUGCUUGAGAAUGAUGGUUGAGGGUUUUUGCAAGACUGAAUGUUAACGGCGAAAUAGAAUGGCCAGCUAGUUUGGUCGCAGAAAGGAGCAGUCCUGACACAAAAGAAAGGUCCAGAGAGAAAUUACUCAACUGGGCUCAGUCAGCUCUGUAACUGUUAUUGUAAACAUUCCAAUCCAAUCGGGGUGCUUUUAAGCACAAUAUGUUGUUGUCUGGCAUCCAUCUUGCUUAAGCAAAAGUUAUGCAGCCUGUAACUGAAGGAGAUUACUCUAAGGGCCAAACUAGACAUGAGGGUUUGGGGUUUUUAACCCAACUCAAAUUCCCUGUAGCCGUAUAGCAACUGUGGGAAUGGCUGUUAAAAAAUAAAGGCUCCCACCUCAUGCCCCAGUUGUAGCAGAGGAGGGAAAUUAUUUCUCUGUUCUUGCUCUACAUGGAAUGUUCUGUGCAUGUGUAGAAGCAAAAAUGGGGAAGUGAUCUCUCCCAAAAAACUGUAUUGACAUGGAAAAAUUGCUAGUCGAGCAGGAGUACUUCCUCCCCCUGCAGUGGUGCUCCAAGCGCAAAUAGUAUCUCCUUUAUUUUCAACAGCCACACAGCUGCUGCUGUGUGGCUGUGGGGAAGUCAAGUUGUGUUUGGGGAACCUGGAUCCAACUUAUUAAAACAGUAUCAUGUAGCUUGGCCCACAAAUGCACACUGCACACUGGGUCAGUAUUGGAGGGGGGAACUAGGACUGCAGUACUGGGUUUUGUGGGCUUAAUUGUGGUGUGGUGCUGUAAUGUUCUUGAAUAUUGUACUCUGAUGGCUUGCUUGUACUUUGGUUCCUCUCAAUAAACACACUCUGA